AUGGCAAACCAGGGGGCUGCGCGCACCCGGCUCGCAACGCGGGAGUCGUUCUUUGGCGGCCCUCUAUCCACCAGGGACCAGAGCAAGGCGCCCGGAUGGAAGGCCUUUGUGAAGCCUGCUCCAGAGCCCAAGGCCAACGCGCCUCGAGCCGGUGGCGGCGCCAAGGCCGGCAAGGCCUCCGCUGCGCCCCGCCAGCAAGCCCCGCCGCAGCCAGACCCCGGCCAGCAACGCGUGGAGAAGCUGAAGCAGCGGCGGGACUUUAGCGCGCUGGGCAGCGACGAGGCGCCACCUCCUGCACCUGCCCCUCGCAGGCCCGCCGCCGGCGGGCAGCAGACGGCGGCGGGCCCGCCGCCGCGGCAGCGCUCUGCUGCGUUCGACGGCGGGAUUGCGGCGCAGCGGCCGCGGGGGCAGCAGCAUGGCGGCGCAGGCUCCUCGCAGCCGCAGCAGCGGCAGAAGGUGAAGACGCGGCGGGCGGCGGGCGGCGGUGGCGGCAAGAAAGCGGUGGCGGCUCGAGGGAUGGCUGUGGAGGUGACUGCUGUGGGCAAGGGGCGCAAGCAGCUGGCCAGCGAGGCCCUGAGGCAGCGGGUGGGCGAGAUGAUGGCGGGCCACAGCGCUGGUGGGGCGCGUGCGGCGGCGGCGGCAGGGUUGGGCUCCCCGUCGGGCAGCGGCACGGCCGGCGCCGGCGCCGGCGGCAGCACCGCAGCGGCGGCCGCCGCUCGUGCCGCCCGGGAGGCCGCCGGGGCCAAGUCGGUGAUGAGAAACAAGCAGUACCAGACAGCACACGGCAUGCAGACCCUACAGCUGGUAAGCCGCGCGCCGGGGCAGGCGGCGCGGCGUGGCGGCGCCGCCGUGGCCGCCGUGCGCCCGGCCGGCAGCGGCCAGGGCCGCGCAGCCAGCGGCCAGAGCCCCGGCAGCGUGGGCAAGGGGCCGCGGCCCGCCACGGGGGCCGGCGCGCCGCGCGCCAUGCAGCGCGGGGCGGCGGGGGCGGGCGCGGCGGGGCGGGCGCAGCUGCGGGGCGCCUUCUACGACGGUCAGCAGCCGCCGGCGGCGCUGGAGGCGCGCAUGCAGUACAACAAGCGCAGGCUGUCGCUCGACUCUGGCGGCGACCUGGAUUCCUUCAUAGCCAGCGACGAGGAGGAAGGGGAGGAGGGGUAUGCGGAGGGCGACGGCGGCGAGGUGGAGCAGGACUGGCGCGCGGCGCUGAGGGAGGCCACUGGCGGCUACGACCCCUCCAAGUUUGCCGCCAUCGACCGGCAGGCUGACCGAGACAUGGAGGCGGCCUACGGGCAGAUACAGGCGGAGGAGCGGCGCGCGGCGCGCAUCGCACGCGCAGAGGACGAACGCGAGGCGGAGCGAGAGGCUCUGCGGGAGGCGGCCAAGCGGGAGCGCAAGCGCCAGAAGCGCAGCGGCGCCGCCGCGUUUGUGGACGACGACUGA